CUGAAUCUUGGACAGAAGUCGAUGAAAAUGGUGAUGAAUAUGAAUUGAAAAAAUUUACGAUACAGGGCCGCCAAUUGGAGGGUGGCAAGUCCCAAUGCGUUGUGACGAGACGUAAACGAGCUACAGUUGCUGUGAUACCAGUCGAAGCAAGAGAACAACAAGAUGAUGAUGACGAAGAAGAGGGUGAUGACAAUGAAAAUAUGGGUUAUGCUGGUGCCUCAGCUUCACAGCAACAUGCAGUCCUUUUCUAUUCACCACAAAGUUCAGAAGAAAGCGAAGAGAACCAAGAUAAUUCUCAAGAUGAUGAUGAAGAUAAUCGUGAAUUUGAGAACUUGGACAGCAAUGGUAAUGCUAUGGCCCAUGUGGUGGUUAAGGCCGAUACGGUUAUUUUGGCCACAGAUGCUAAUGGAGAUUCUACCUUCGAGAAUGUAGAGAGCUCCAAUGGUCAGGAUGACAGCGAUGAUGAUGAGGAAGGUGAUGAUAAUGUCGUAGGAGCACAAGCAGCGGAAACUAUUGAGUUGGUACAUGUACCACAGGUCCCCAUUAUUGGUCAACUACAAAGUGAGGGUCAAUCGUUGGCUGCCAUUGCCGCCACUGCCCCUGCUACCAUUCUCAAUGAAACCGAAACCGAUUCUGCCGUUAUUGUUGAGUCAAAUAAACCACCUAAGGUAAAUCCCAAUACUCAUGCAGUUUUUGAAUUGGUCCCCGUCAAACCAGGCGAUGAGGAAGAGGAUGAAGAUGAUGAGGAGACUGAUGAAGACGAGCAUGAUGGCGAAUUCCAAUACAAUGAGGAAUUGAGUCCCAUAACCACCACAGCUAUUUGGUCAACCGGUGCUGAUGAUGAUAUCUCUCACCUCUUGCCAGUCAAAAAACCCAGCAAGGUAAAUAGUAAUAAGAUAAAUAAGAAUAAGAAGAACAAAAAGAAGACCAACAAGAAUCAGGUGGGCAAUAGACGACCAAUUCGCCGUAACAAAUAUAAGAAUCAAAAUCAGCUCUCCCAAGUCAAUGGCAAUAAGAGAAGGCCAUUGAGGAGACCAAAUCGUGGUGAGCUGAGUAUAAGGGGAAACAAGAAGGAUACGAAAAAGAAAACCAGCGUGAAGAGAACUGGAACCAAGAAAACUACAAAGACAAAGAAAAAGAAGGGCUCCAACAAGAACAAGAAGACUAAAAAGACACCCGUUGUCCAUUCGCCCACAUCACCCACCUCUUAUACUACACCCACUAGUGCCACAACACCCACACAAUUGUCGAUGAAAGGUGACAAACAGAAGAAGAACAAGAAAAAGAAUACCAAUCGCAGAAACAGACGGAAAAAUAAACGCAAUUCUCAACGACAAUUUAACAACAACGGCGACAAAAUAAUGGGUGAUGCCGAUGAGGACAUCUACAGUCAGACAGUAACCGAAACCGAAGAACCCGAGAGCGGUAAUGUUAACUGCAUUUAUAUACGCAAAGAUCCACCAACAACAACGACGACAACACCACGUCCCUUCUGGAAUUUGUUAGGACGCAGUGCUGGCAAUGAUGUGCCCGUUGCGUCGGGACGUUAUGGCUUGCGUAAGCGUGUCAACUUACGUCCUCUAGCUUAA